AUGAGUGAGGAUCACCAUAUCCUACCGCCUAGCCUGCGCUUCCUGGUACCCGUUGGUCCUGAUGAGAUAAAAAGCGGGUUCUGCGCCGUUUGUUUUAUUCGUUGGAGCAAUGACCUCGAUGUACGCCAUGUUGCAAAACUGACUUGUGGACACAUCUUCCACACCGAAUGUCUAAGAUACUGGAUCAAUUCGGUGACGACAAGAUUUAAUGGCACUUGCCCACGUUGCCACAAGCGUUUCCUCUGCAAGUCGGUGGUCGAUGGCCUUCCGGUCUACAAGAGACACAGGACCCGUUCUGCCCCAUAG